CAAUCGUCUGACUCUCACGAAAGUGUAAGGAUUGCACGAGCUUUUGCGUCGGCCCAAACAGGUUUUUUAAGCCUAGGAUAUUAAUAGGCUACAUUUGGGUUUUUCGUUUUUCACCGUGUUUUAUACAUUCGUGAUACCAGCAAAUAGACUGCGGCUUAUUGCCUAUUAAUCGUGGGACCUUUUGCUCGUAGAAGAAAAAGGUAAGGAACACACCGCGCUGGUAUUUCGUAUGCGAAAAUGCAGAAGGGAAUGCGACUCAAUGAUGGCCACAUCACCUACCUUGGUCUUCUAGCAAAAAAGGACGGCACGAGGCGGGGCUGUCUAAGUAAGAAGAGCUCGGACAACACGAAAUGGCACACCAAGUGGUUCGCCCUGCUGCAAAACAUGCUAUUUUAUUUUGAGAAUGAGUCGAGCUCGAGGCCUUCAGGAUUGUACCUGUUGGAGGGUUGUGUGUGUGACCGGUCGCCAUCGCCUAAGCCAUCGCUCUCCGCCAAGGAGUGCUUAGAAAAACAGUAUUAUUUCACAGUCAACUUCAACCAUGAAAAUCAGAAAGCUCUUGAGCUUCGCACUGAAGAUGUGAAGGACUGUGAUGAAUGGGUGGCAGCAAUAACACAUGCCAGCUACAGAAACCUGGCUACAGAGCAUGAGACUUUAAUGCAAAAGUAUCUCCAUCUGCUCCAAAUUGUGGAGACCGAGAAAACUGUUGCCAAGCAACUUCGACAACAGAUAGAGGAUGGAGAGAUUGAGAUUGAACGGUUAAAAUCUGAGAUUGCUGGACUGCUUAAAGACAAUGAAAAGAUCCAGUCUAUCCCUGCCUCUGCUCCCAGUGAAGAUGACUCUGAAAUCAAGAAAAUCAAGAAGGUACAGAGCUUCUUGCGUGGUUGGAUGUGUCGGAGAAAGUGGAAGAACAUUAUCCAGGAUUAUAUUCGUUCACCACAUGCUGAAAGCAUGAGAAAGAGAAACCAGGUGGUGUUUAGCAUGCUGGAAGCCGAGGCGGAGUACGUCCAGCAGCUCCACAUCCUGGUCAACAAUUUCCUUCGACCACUCCGCAUGGCUGCUAGUUCCAAGAAGCCACCCAUUACACAUGAUGAUGUCAGCAGCAUUUUUCUAAACAGUGAAACCAUCAUGUUUUUACAUCAGAUAUUUUAUCAAGGACUAAAAGCAAGAAUAGCAAGCUGGCCUACAUUAGUACUGGCUGACCUCUUUGACAUUCUUCUGCCCAUGCUGAACAUCUACCAGGAGUUUGUUCGCAAUCAUCAGUACAGCCUACAGAUUCUCGCACACUGCAAACAAAACCGUGAUUUUGACAAGCUGCUUAAGCAGUAUGAGUCCAAGCCUGACUGUGAGGAGCGCACUCUGGAGACCUUUCUCACUUAUCCAAUGUUCCAGAUUCCACGCUACAUUUUGACUCUCCAUGAGCUGUUGGCCCACACACCUCAUGAACAUGUGGAAAGGAAUAGUUUGGAAUAUGCCAAGUCCAAGCUUGAGGAGCUUUCCAGAAUCAUGCAUGAUGAAGUAAGUGAAACAGAGAACAUCAGGAAGAAUCUGGCCAUUGAGCGCAUGAUUGUGGAGGGCUGUGACAUUCUACUGGAUACUAGCCAGACUUUUGUCAGACAAGGAUCACUUAUCCAGGUACCCAUGAGUGAGAAAGGGAAGAUCACCCGUGGCCGUUUAGGCUCCUUGUCUCUGAAAAAAGAGGGUGAAAGACAGUGUUUUCUUUUCUCCAAGCACCUCAUCAUCUGUACCAGGGGCUCUGGGGGAAAACUGCACCUCACAAAGAAUGGAGUGAUCUCACUUAUUGACUGUACAUUGAUUGAGGACCCUGAAAGCAUGGAUGAUGAGCCAAAAUCAGACAAAAACAGUCAAGAUAUGGAGCACCUGGACUUUAAAAUAGUGGUGGAGCCUAAAGAAAGCCAGUCCUUCACCAUCAUUCUAGUUGCCUCCUCAAGACAAGAGAAGUCAGCUUGGACCAGUGACAUCAGCCAGUGCAUUGACAACAUCCGGUGCAAUGGACUUAUGAUGAAUGCAUUUGAGGACAAUUCAAAAGUCACUGUGCCACAGAUGAUCAAAUCUGAUGCCAGUCUCUACUGCGAUGAUGUGGAUAUUCGCUUCAGUAAGAUGAUGAACUCGUGCAAAGUGUUGCAGAUCCGCUAUGCCAGCGUGGAGCGAUUACUGGAGCGGCUGACUGAUCUGCGCUUCCUGUCUAUUGAUUUUCUCAACACAUUUUUGCACUCAUACCGUGUCUUCACCACUGCAGAUGUUGUACUCGACAAACUCAUUGCCAUCUACAAGAGGCCCAUCAGUGCCAUCCCAGCUCGCUCUUUAGAGCUAUUCUUCGCUAGCAGCCAGAAUACUAAGCUGCUAUAUGGUGAGCCACCCAAGUCACCCCGUGCCUGUCGUAAAUUCUCCUCACCUCCACCACUGGCUCUUGGCAAGACAUCUUCUCCUAGCAGGCGCCGCAAGCUCUCACUCAACAUUCCCAUCAUCACAGGUGGCAAGGCACUGGACCUUGCUGCACUUACUUGUUCUUCCAAUGGAUAUACAGGCAUGUAUUCAACCAUUACACCUUUCAGCAAGACCACACUGGACAUCAACAAGCUCUAUGUGUCCAGCUCGAUCACCAGCAAGAUCAGUGAUGAGACUGAAGGCAAAUCUGAGCAGGCAGAGGAGCUCUCUCUUGAUAAACAGGAGACUUGGCUACAUGAUGAAAUAUCCAAUUCCAGCUUUACAGUAAAUGGCUUUAGCGCUGUUUGGGAGGACAGGAGGAGACAGCAAAAAGAUCAUUUAGUGAGGGAGGAAAGUAACAGUGAGCAGAUCCAUAGUGAUGAGCAAGAUGCAGAGGCUUCACCCACCAAAUCGCCUACAACACCAAAAACUGUCAAAUGCAAAACCUCUUCAGAUCUCUCCCUAUUCUCCUACAAUAAUGGCAUGAUGAUUUCCUCUUGCCGGGAGCUAGACAACAACCGAAGUGCCCUUUCGGCAGCAUCUGCUUUUGCAAUUGCUACAGCUGGUGCCAAUGAAGGUACGCCAACCAAGGAGAAGUUCCGCCGCCUGUCCCUGGCUGGCACAGGAUUUCCCACAGACCAGAGAAAUGGAGAUAAGGAGUUUGUGAUUCGCCGGGCAGCAACUAACCGUGUACUUAAUGUCUUGAGGCACUGGGUGUCCAAACAUUCCCAGGACUUUGAGACCAACGCAGAAUUAAAAAUGAAUGUGAUCUGCUUUUUAGAGGAAGUCAUGCAUGACCCUGAGCUGCUAACUCAGGAAAGAAAAGCAGCAGCCAACAUCAUAAAGACACUUACACAGGAUGAUCCUGGUGACAAUCAGAUCUCUCUGGAAGAUGUACUACUGAUUGCUAAGAGUGGGAAAACAGAACCCUUUGAGAACCACUCGGCUUUGGAGAUUGCAGAACAGCUCACACUGCUAGACCACCUGGUUUUUAAAGUCAUCCCAUACGAGGAAUUCUUUGGACAAGGCUGGAUGAAGAAUGACAAAAAUGAAAAGACACCCUACAUCAUGACAACAACAAAGCACUUCAACGAUGUAAGCAACCUGAUUGCAUCAGAGAUCCUGCGUUGCGAUGAUAUGAACACACGAGUGGCCGUGAUGGAGAAGUGGGUGGCAGUAGCUGACAUCUGCCGCUGUCUCCAUAACUAUAAUGCUGUGUUGGAGAUAACCUCAUCCCUUAAUCGCAGCGCCAUUUUUCGCCUCAAGAAGACCUGGCUCAAAGUUUCCAAACAGACCAAAACAGUUAUUGACAAGCUGCAGAAGUUGGUUUCAUCUGAGGGAAGGUUCAAGAACCUAAGAGAAGCUUUAAAAAAUUGCGACCCUCCAUGUGUGCCAUACUUGGGAAUGUACCUCACAGACCUAGCAUUCAUUGAGGAGGGUACACCAAACUACACAGAAGACAACCUGGUUAACUUUUCCAAGAUGAGAAUGAUUUCCCAUAUCAUCCGAGAAAUUCGGCAGUUUCAGCAAACAUCAUACAAGAUUGAUCAUCAACCAAAGGCAGCCCAGUAUUUGCUAGACAGUAGCAAUGUGUUGGAUGAAGAAAGCAUGUAUGAAGCUUCACUCAGAAUUGAGCCCAAAGUGCCCAACUGAGAAGACAGCUUCUGUGAAACGCAAAUGGUUGUAUAGCCCAACAUAUGUGAAUACAGAGUGUGUAUUAGGUUCUAUACACUGCACGGCCAACAGAAAGUCUUAAACUCUGAUAUUUCAUUUACUACAGAGCCUUUUGAUUCGCAAUGUCACAAUAUUUAUUUUCCUACAGAGUAACAGGAAAGAUCUUAAAGCUCUUGUUUUGAUGACGGGAGCGUCAGCCUGCUGUAUAAAGUCUUCUCUAAUGCAUCCCAAAGAUUAUCGUUUGGGUUAUGGUUUGGAUUUAAUUCAGAUGAAUCCGGGCAUUGUCAUCUUUUUAACACUAAUGGCACUUGAUCUUGAUGACACUGUCAUAAUUUAAAUAUUCCCAGGGAAUUUCAGGGAAUAAAGAAAGAGCUGGUCAUUUAGUAUUUUAGUAUUUAGGUAAGCUGACCUUAUUUAGGGAAAAUAACAUUGCUGAACCUUGACCUGACCAACAGAAGCAACCCUAAAUUAUAAAACUGCCUCCACAGGCUUGUGUGUUAGCACUAUGCAUAAUGGGUGCAUUGUUACCUUGAUGCACCCAUCAAUCUGGAACAGAUUAAAUGGAUUAAUCUGAACUCUUCAGAUCAUGUGACCUCUUUUCAAUGUUCCACAGUAUAUUUCAUUCUUUUUCACAUUUUUUUUAGUUCUUUUUGUGUAAACGCUUUUACUUUUACUAAUAAACAUAGC